AUGGGGAGGGGGGCAGAAAGGGGAGGGAGGGGUGGUGGCAGCGGGAACGGGAGGUUGAGGACCGAACCGCCGCAGGGUCAAGGCAAGGCAAGGCCAGAUGAGGCCGGGUGCGUGAAGCAGAGCUCGGGCAGAGGGAAACAGGGCAGCAGGCUGAACGUACGAGACGGAAAUGGGCCUCUUGCGCUUUCCCAGGCGCAGAGGGUCCUGAUCGUCCUGGUCGACAUCGUUGUCAUUGUCGUUGUCGUUCUCGUCGGCACUGUUGAAGCCAUGGCCGUCUUUCGGAGUCCUGAUCGUGGCGGAGGAGCUGCUGGUGGUGAUGGUGGGUAG